AUGAAGGUACAUCGCCAUUCCUCUCGUGAUGACGACUCGGACCGUAAGGAAAGCCGACGAUUGUCGUCGUACCGCCACCGACAUGACGAUUUGGUGGCAGCGUCGGCCCGAAGAAGCCGAAGUUCAGACCGACACCGGCGCAGCGGCGCCAUUGACUACCAUCACCACCACCAAAGUGGCCGUCACUCGGAGACGCGACCGACCUCGUCCGCUUCGCAGAAUGGUGACGGGCCGGUUGGCAGUGUGCAUGGCGUCCGCCGAGGCGCAGAUGCACUCUCACAUAUCUCCAGUCACGCUCACGCCUAUGACCAGCGUGACCGUGGCCAUGACCAUCGGUCGGCAAUCACCACGACGACGAAGGCCGAGAAAGAGUUGCAGCCCGGCAGUGCAUCGCAGGAUCAGCAGGAGGGCGCCGCUACGGCUGUGCUUGAUGUGACUCAUGACGCACAGCUCGGUCGAGGUGGGGAACCGCGAAGAGUCGUGGCACCACUGGCGCAGGCACCAUCUUCCGACGGCGUAGCACCGUCUAGCUCGACGUUCAGAUCGGUAAAUGUUACUUUAUAUCACUUUUGUUGUGAAUGUACGCCGUACGCCGCGUGUCCCCUUCCUGCCCCUUCUGCUCUGACGACGUCGAACUGUUGA